AUGUCUAAUCAUACGAUAGGAGUAGAUUUUGCUUCAAAGAUAGUAGAGGUUGGUGGGAAAACAGUUAAAUUGCAGGCAGGACAAGAAAGAUUUAGAUCAGUGACAAGAAGUUAUUAUCGUGGAUCAGCAGGAAUAGUUUUAGUAUACGACGUAGCAAAUAGAGACACUUAUAAUCAUAUUACAAACUGGCUAAGCGAUGCGCGAGCACUUGCCAGCAAAGAUGCUACCAUUAUUUUGGUAGGAAAUAAGAGUGAUCUUUCAGAAAAGAGAGAAGUAUCAUUCUUGGAAGCUUCCAAUUUAUCAAUGGAAAAUGAUUUAUUAUUUUUGGAAACUAGUGCAUUGUCUGGUGACAAUGUUGAAGAAAUAUUUUUAAAAUGCGCCAAGACUGUGGUUUCAAAGUUGGAUGAUGGUAAUAUAGAUAUGGAAGGAUUAGGAAUUCAAAUUGGUGAUGGAGAUAGUAAUACUGUUUUAGCUUCAAACAGUGAGGCUAGGUCAUGUCAAUGCUAA